UCUCACUGCGUGCCUAUCAUAAAAAAAAAAAAAAAAAAAAAAAAGACUUCCCAUCUAUUUCACUUCCACCAAAGAAUAACCAUAUUCCCAAUUACCCUAUAACAGAGAUUUAAAAAAUUCUUUCAUGAUCAUUUUGCAUUCAUAAUAAUUUCAUAUUUUAAAAUCCAUGUUUCAAGUUACUUAGAUUGUUAAAAAUUUCUAUUGGAAACUUAAUUUUCAAGUAAAAUCUAUGCUUCAGGAAGCUUAACGAUCAUCUUGUUGAGGUAGGUAAAGAAGGUUAGAGUAGGUAUCACCUCAUACUCAAUCUCACACAUAAUAUUUCAGUCUCUUAUAUAGUUACUAUAUUCAGAUCUCAACCAAAUACAUUAUCUUCCAAAAUCCAGAUUUUCAGUUGCAUUCAAACACACAAAAACAAAUUUACCAGAUCUCACGUGAUCUCCCAAUCGUACUCCUUAAAACCGACACGUUAUCAACCUUAGAGUCACAAUGUUUAAUCACCUGCCCUUGCACUAUCAUAUAAUUCAUUUAGAGAUGAGUACAAUCACAAACCACUUUCCCAUACUUGUACAUUUCACUCAACACCUUUGACAAUACCAAGUGCAACCAACGCAUACAUGUGACCAAGGAUCAGACCCAGGAACACAACCACUUGUUCUCACCGAUACAUUUCUUCACAUGGCACUUUGAGAUAGGGUUUCUGGACUUAAGGUUAAAAAAAAUCUUUAGAUUUGCCCCUUCUAGCAGAUAAUCUGUACUGGCUUCCACCCUCUCAGUCAACUCUGGUUUCUCACACACACACAGAGCUCACAGUGUCGCUUCAUGCCUCUCCCACGCAUAAGUGUAAGGAUCAGGGUCAGCUCUGCCUGGCCCAGGGAUCGGUUUCAUCCAUCAGGGUUCACACAGACAAACACACACACAUCCCGGUCUCAGGGAGACCAACCUCCUCCCUUCUCGCGACAGACACCCACCGCAGCCAACCGCUCCUAGUCAUAGGUGGACCCAACACAGCCUCCCACAGAACGUUACAAGCUCACUGCCCGCAGAGUCGCGCCGCCCAUAGGCACGUGUAAUCAAUCACACAGUCCCCUCCUAAACCACGUUAGAUCACAGCACUACACAAUCCCUGCACGUGGCCGAGUUCACCGCGUGAACCCACACGGGUAAACAGCACAACCACUCCACUAUUUCCAACGGCCUCAAGAACGUUUCACGAACCAAUAUCCUCACUCAGGCACCCUGAGACUCCUCACCCUCUUCGGACUCAAAACAAAUCUCGCACCGCCACCUUACAGACGAAGGCCGGAUCCCUCCGCAUCAGACAACAAUUCUCUCAAACUACAGCACGUGCGCGUCCACCUUGAAGGGGGUAGGGACAGCCACAGUGCCAGGCUCGAAAUCCUCCAUCAGAGGAAUCCAAGGUCCCAAAUUCAGACCCAAAAUUCGGCACUGAGCCUUGGAAACGAAGAGGUUGUAGCGUCACUCCAGGACUGCGUGAAACUGAGCAGGUGCAUCCCGAAACCUGGCGGAAGGUUUACCUCUUUCAGCGCCUGCGCUCUUUCCUUUCGGACUACGUUUCCCAGAGGACACAGCGGUGCAAAGCUACUUCCGGUAGGAACGUCUGUGGAAUGGUCGGCGGCUGAGGCAGGUGAGGACUUUACCCGACCAGCAGAGCGUGCAAGGCUAGGCGCGCGGCCUCGCCUGGAAUGCGAAUCCGAGUUUGGACCAGCGCCCUUCCUGAGGAUGCUAAGGGGUUGGUGAUGUUCAAAGAUGUGGCUAUAGAUGUCUCUCAGGAAGAAUGGGAAUGCUUGAACCCUACGCAGAGGAAUUUGUACAAAGAUGUGAUGCUGGAGAACUAUAGCAACUUGGUUUCACUGGGACUUUCUAUAUCUAAGCCAGCUGUGAUCUCUUCAUUAGAGCAAGGGAAGGAGCCCUGGAUGGUUGAGAGGGAAGUGACAGGAGGAUGGUGCACAGACUUGGUGUCCAGGUAUGAGGCCAAGAAGUUAUCUCCAAAAAGAGACAUUUAUGAGACAGAGCCAUCCCGAUGGACUAUCAUGGAACAAUUUAAAAGUCAUAAUCCUGAGAAGUCCAUUUUCAGAGAUAUCUGGGAAUGCAGUAGUCAGUUUGAGACACAACAGGAACAGGAAGACUAUUUCAGGCAAUUUGUUAUCAACCACAAACACUUGCCUAUAUUUAACCAACAUACUUUACUCACUCAGGAAUUUUAUAAUAGAGAAAAAAUCUUUGAAUGUAAAGAAUGUAGGAAAAACUUCAGUUACCAUUUAUUUUUUAGUCAUCACAAAAGAACUCAUUCUAAAGAAAAACGUUCUGAAUGUAAGGAAUGUGCAGAAACUGUUAAUACAUCAUAUCUUACUAAACAGAGAAUUCAAGAUAGUAGCAAGUGCAGUGAAUAUAAGGAAUGUUGGAGGGCAUUUAUUCAUUGUUCACAACUUAAACAACACCUGAGAAUCCACAAUGGUGAAAAACGCUAUGAAUGUAAAGAAUGUGGAAAGGCCUUUAAUUACGGCUCAGAACUUAAUCUGCAUCAGAGAAUUCACACUGGUGAAAAACCCUAUGAAUGUAAGGAAUGUGGGAAGGCCUUUAGGCAGCGAUCACAGCUUACUCAACAUCAGAGACUUCAUACUGGUGAAAAACCUUAUGAAUGUAAGCAGUGUGGGAAGGCUUUUAUUCGUGGCUUUCAGCUUACUGAACAUCAACGACUUCAUACAGGUGAGAAACCCUAUGAAUGUAAAGAAUGUGGAAAGACUUUCAGGCAUCGCUCACACCUUACUAUACAUCAGAGAAUUCAUACUGGUGAGAAACCCUAUGAAUGUAGAGAAUGUGGAAAGACUUUUAGCUAUCACUCAAGCUUCUCUCACCAUCAGAAAAUUCAUUCUGGCAAAAAACCUUAUGAAUGUAGUGAAUGUGGAAAGGCCUUUUGUGAUGGCUUACAACUUACUCUACAUCGGAGGAUUCAUACUGGUGAGAAACCCUAUGAGUGCAAGGAAUGUGGGAAGACUUUUAGACAGUGCUCACACCUCAAAAGACAUCAGAGAAUUCAUACUGGUGAGAAACCUCAUGAAUGUCUGAUAUGUGGUAAGGCCUUUAGACUUCAUUCACACCUUAUUCAACAUCAGAGAAUACAUACUGGUGAGAAGCCCUAUGAAUGUAAAGAAUGUGGGAAGGCCUUUAGCUAUCAUUCAAGCUUCUCACACCAUCAGAGAAUUCAUUCUGGGAAGAAACCUUAUGAGUGUGGAAAGGCCUUUAAUCAUGGCUUGCAGUUUAAUCUACAUAAGGCACUUCAUACCGUUAAGGUGCCAGUAAGGCUUCCUUUCCUCUCUGCUCACCCAAGUCUAACAUCAUGAUAUUAUUUUUAGAAAUACAGGUUUUCUUUUUUUUUUCUUCAAGGUAAAAGUUGGUAAAAUACUGAAUUUCAUUAGUAUUGAUUUAUUUCAGUAAUUCUUGAAAAAAAAACCUUCAAGCAGGAAAAUGGAAAAGUAAUUAACAGGUAAAAAACUGAAAUUGCUCUGGUUUCAGUGCAGUUUCUGAGUUAUAAUAACCAGUAUUGAAAAUAAAUUUUAUGAAAGUGUUUUUAAUGAAACCAGUAAAACAUGGCAGAAAUAAAAUGAAAACAAUUUCUUCCCCUCACACAAAUCCUUGAGAUCGCCAAUAUGUGUGUGUUGCUCCUUCCUGUUCAAACAUACCUGCAAAUAUGAAGUGUUUAUUGUAUAUGUGUGGAAGGUCAUACCACCUGUAGUGGCAUAGCAAUUUGUUUUUGCAUUUGAAUAAUUGUGGACAUUUUCCCAGGUGACUACAUAUGGAUCUAAUUCAUUAUUUUUAAAGCUUCAGAAUAUUUCUAGCUCAUUGUUUUUAAAGCUUUAGGAUUUUCUAAUAUGGGAUAUAUGUCUGUAUUUUAAGCCAUUUCCUACUGUAGAUAUUCAGUCAUUUCUGUUUUUCAUCACAAAUGAUCAUAUAAUAAACAUUCUACCUUGUCA